CGAAUACACUCUCUUCAUCUCCUCUACCAUGGCCAAAGUCCCACGUAACUUCCGUCUGCUCGAGGAGCUCGAGAAGGGCGAGAAGGGUAUCGGAGACGGCUCCUGUUCGUAUGGUCUCGAGGAUGGAGACGAUAUCAUGAUGAGCCAUUGGAACGGCACGAUAAUUGGUCCAGGACAUACUGUCCAUGAGAACCGCAUCUACAGCCUCAAGAUCACUUGUGGCGAGAACUACCCGGAUGCGCCGCCCACAAUUCAGUUCAUAUCUCGCGUGAAUCUUCCCUUUGUCAGCCAAGUAGACGGCAAGGUCGAUCCGUCUAAGCUGCCCGUCCUCGCGCAUUGGAACAGGAACCACAGUAUUGAGACUGUCUUAGUGGAGAUACGGCGGGAGAUGGCUUCGUUCAAUAAUCGCAAACUUCCUCAGCCUCCAGAGGGCAGCACCUUCUCGUGAAGGUCGGAGGCAUAUGAGCACGAAUUGGCAGUAUACAUCUCGCAGUGUUGAGUUUUGUGUUUCUGUAUCAAUCAAGCAACGUCAAC